AUGUUAGUAAAAAUUUACCAACUUGGAGAAUGUAUAUUGAGGGGCAUUGAGGUAUCUGAGCCACUUAAUGAGCCACUGAGCUCAUUAAGGUAUCUGAUAUAUGUGAGAGAAGACUUUGUUCAGUCUGAGGAACCUAAAGGGAAAAAAGAAGAAACUGAAGUGGCAGAACCUAGGAUUACGCACCCAGAGCUCCAAGUCUUAAAUUACCAGAGAAAGCUUGAGGGAGUCUCUGAGACUGUGGGAACCAAACCUCAUUUCUCUUCAUAUCAGCUUGAUGUAGCAGCCCAUCCCCUCUUUCCUGGAGAUAAUGUGUCAGAGAAUUAUUUUGAAAGCUUGAUGAUACCCAUUCAGUUAUCUCCUGAAUAUGGAGCUCAGGUCACUCCUCUCUCUCAGGUUGGUGAAAAAACAGAGGGUGCUGUGAAUAUGCUGAGUGACUGGGCUGAGAUUCUAUGCCAAGAGUCUCACCAUCCUGAGAGCAAACCUUUCAUCUGCUUCUACUCCACUGAUGACAACUAUUUUGUCUCCUUAAACUGGGUGGAACUGUAUUCAAAACAAAUGCAGGCAGUACUCUGGGUACAGAAGAAAGCUGCAGAAAUGGAAGGAGUGAUAAAAAAGAUGAAGUUCCGUGUGAUGGCUCAAGUGCCACCCAUCCAAGCGAUGGUCCACAUAGCUCCCUAUCACAUGUUAAUUGCUUACUGUGAUGACAUGUGCCUGUGGCUCUUUGGGGAUCACCAUCAAGGGUUCAUAUCUCUGAGUAUGGUCCCCUGUCGUUUCUCCAUCAGCUGCCUCAGCUAUGACUCAGAAACUGAGAUGCUUCUCUCUGGCACCCUGGGCGCUGUGGUCACCUGGUUUAUCUUGCCAAACGGCAGGGGCCUGCAAAUGGCCCAAACUGUGCCUGUGCCUGGUGGUGAGCUUGUUCAGGGCUUUUCCCUGAAUGGCCCCCCGGGCUCCCUGCUGGCUCAUUGUGAGAAUAAGGUGAGAGUCUUCACCCACCGAGGUCAGGGCCAGCUAGAAGAGGUGAAGAAGUUCACUCCCAUCAACAGUGGCUCCACCAUCACCUGCUCCUUCACUUGUUUAUCUCAGGGCUACUUCUAUGUUGGAAACAAGGAUGGAGAAAUCCAUGCUUGGGGUCUAGACAGAGGUAACUUCCUCCACAGCUUCCAGGCUCAUUCCUCAUCAGUGAUAUGUAUCCAAAGCCGGUCAGAGACCUAUACCUUACUAACAGCAGGUGGUGAAGGUGUUGUGAAGGAAUGGAACCUUGCCUUUGGGAACUUGCUGCGGCAGCUGGAUAUUGACAAGAACAUGCAGAGACUGCAGUUCAUUGAUAAUAGCACCUUUUUCUGCCAGACUAACCACACUUUCUCAUUGUAUCACCUGCCCUACUUUUACAGCCUCUUCAAUGUCUGUGGUUCUGCUCCCCAGGAGGUGCGGCGGGUCUGCUGUGGCCAUAAUUGGACUCGGAUCCUAUGUGCCACUAAGGAUGGUCUGUUGCGCUUCUUGUCUCCAGUAACAGGAGAUCUCCUGGUUAUCACUUGGCCUCUACUUAUCAUGGAUAAGGCUGUGGCUUGGGCCUAUGACUCACACAGAGAGGAGCUCUUUGUGGCAACAGAUGGUUCAGAGGUGCUGGUGUUUGAUGCAACACGCUCUCCUUGCACAGCCAAGUAUCUUAUGUGCCCUUCAGUAAACCUUGGGGAUAGAGUCAGAUGCCUGGCCUAUGGGCACUACCAUUUGGGUAAGGGCCUUGUAGGACUGAUGUUCAGUGGGCAUGACAGUGGCACUGUGAGAAUCCUCUCCCACUACAGUUGUGCCCGAGUAGCAAAGAUUCUUCACUCUGGGGCAGUCCUGGCAUUGUCUACCUUGGAGGGUCCCCAGGAGUACUCCUUGCUCUGUUCCUAUGGCAUGGAUAAUAUUGUAUACCUGACAGAAGCUGUGCUUCAGGGGAACAGGGUAGUCCUGCAGCCUGUCAGCCAAAUUCUCUGUGUUUGCCCCCUAAAGCACGUGAUACUCUUGCCAGGUUCUGUGGGUGCCAUCACUGAGAACCACCACUGGCAUCUCUGGAGUUAUCAGGACUUCCUGACAUCUCCAGGAUCAAAGCAGAGAUCUGACUUUAAAGAGACAAAAUGCCUGCACCAAUGUGCCAUCACUUCAUUUGAUGUCUGCCUUUCCCUGAAACUUUUUGUCACCGGGGACGCUGGCGGCUCAGUCCGGAUCUGGGACUUCCGUGGGAAACUCAUAACUGAGUUGGACUCUGCGUUAUAUUUUGGCCCACUCUGCUUUGCCAAUGACCGGGGUGACCUGCUUCUGACUUUCAACCAGAGUCUUUACCUGGUAUCCUGCUUAAAACUGCUCCCUCCAGCCCAGCUGAUUCACCUAACUCUCCUGAACAAUGCAGAUGACAUACAAGAAGCCCCUAAACCCUUCCUGCCUAGCUUCUUCUUUUCAUUCAAAAAAGUAUUUGUACCCAAAUUUGUCUACUUUGGUCAAGGGCCGCAGGAAUUACAGGGGCUAGAGGCUCUUGUUAACAAGCGGAUGAUUGCCUUUGACCAUACUGUGCCCCAUGUUGUGGAGGAAGAGAGGCCUAAGUCCUCUGUGAUGCAGGAGGGACCCACAUUGCAUUUUCUGGAAGAUAAGUAUAUUGAUUUUCCUAUUCUUACUCCUAAACGUGAUCGUCCCCCAUUCGUGGUUCCUCCGCAGUUGCGACUGGCUGGCUGGGAUGGGUUGAAACCUUAUCAGAUAUUAUGGCGUUUCUUUGGUCAAGGGCGGCCUUGGCCCUUUCCUCCAGAUGGCUACAUCCCCAACUCAGUGAUCCGUGCCCGUCUUUGGCCUGAGGGUACCCCCGUCUUCUUGCACUGUGAUCUCCACCUAUCCUACCAAGAUAAGGACUGGGACAUGACUGGACUCAGCAGAAGUCAGGCACUGUCACCUGUGACUUCAAUAAGACAAAAAAUCUCAAAGAGGAAACCAGACCAAAAACCCAUGCCGGGCAAACAAACUUUCUUUGAUAUUCUUGUAAACUUGGCUAGUCAAAAUUGGAUGGGAAGAAAACUGGAUGAAGGACUUAUCAAUACUAUAAUUGAGACCAUCCUCAACCUCACAGUUUACUGUUCUAUAGAGCAAUACAAGACAUACGUAAGUAUCCUGGCACAGAUUUUUGCCUCCCAUCAAGUAUCUCCAAGGUGGCAUUCUGAGACUGCUUGUCGCCUCAUGGAAGACACAAGUCAUUCCAAUCCAGAGGUCCGGGAGACAGCCUGGGAGGGAUUGGAGAAGCUAGGCUUCAUGAGCCGUCUCUUUGCGAUUCCCCUGGCUGUGGGAUUGAUGGACAGUGAUAAAAAUGUGCGGGCUAAGACCUUAUACCUUAUGGUAAGAGUCACAGGCAUCCAAACUAAGAGCAUGCUGAUAGCUCUGCUGAAGAGACGGGACACUCUCCAGGAGAUGCAGGAAGACUUUAUUGGAGAAAUCUCUCUGGACCAGCUUAUGGGAAUUCAAGCUAGUGGUAUCCAGUACCUGCUUACUCAGGUGGAGCAGCGGUUAAAUGAGAACCUGACCUUGUCACACAGAGAGGAGAAACCUCCUUUGGUUUUAGUUAUAUCAAGUGAUCAUGAACCUGAUGAACAAACACUCAGAAUUUGGUCAGAACCUGCAAAGAUCGCCAAACCAGAUCAAAGAAUGACACGUGUUACAGCAAAGAGCAAAAAUCUCAGUAUGUAUGGGCAGUUUAUUGAACUAGGUGUGUCAGAGGAUCUCACUCGGGACCUCUGUGUUUUUCUCAAUUACUUUUCUCCCAAUAUCUCUGCAGUUAAAAAGGACAUGAAAGUUUCCAGGAAGCAGGGAGAGACAGAAUUGAGCCCUGUGUUGGUGACUUUAGAGCAUGAAGAUGAACAGAGAGAAGCCAAGGAAUCAGAUCAAAUUGACAUUCAGGAUGUUGCCUCAGAGCCAGACCUGUCGCUAAGUACUUUCAGCCCAGUCACAUCCAAAGUGGAUACUGAAUCAAAGGAGGUUGUGUUGGAGGCCACAAAAGUCACAGAACCCACAAAAGCCUUGGAGAUCAAAAAAGCAGUGAAGGCCAGAGAGGCAGUGGAGGCCAUGGGAGUUACAAAGGCCAUAGAUCAACAGGACAUGAGAGAUUAUGGAAAAGUGAUCCCUAAGGCAGAGAGACAAGAAAACCUGAAAAGGCUUUGGGAAAGAGCAAUGGAAAAAACCCACCACAAAGUAAGUGUGAAGUUGAAAGAGAAGAGAAAAUUGAAGGAAAUUCCAGAAACAAUUGCAGAAGAGCCCAAGAAAGAGGUUAUCCAGGUUGCUGAGCAAGAAGAAGAUGCAACGAAGGUAUUUAGAAAGGCUGGUCAUGGUUUGUCUGGGAUGCCUGGCCGCACGACCAAAUCAGAAACCAGAUCUUGGCGGGAUGACAUUUGCAAUCUUGUGACCUCAAGGAUAGCAAGUUCCAAUCCAGGAAUGUUAAGAGAUCUGAGUCAAGAGUUGGUGAACUGGGCUCAGGCAAUACUUGCUCCCCAAGAGCCCAGCUGGGAUCUCUUCCAGGAGAUUUGUCCUCUUUUAAAGGACUCUUCAGAACUGGAUGACAUAGAGAUGGAAGAAAUACCUGUUGUAACAGAAGUGGUUACAGAGGUUGUCAAGGAAGAAAAGACAGUAGGACCCGGAGAACAAGAAGAACAAAGAGCUAAAAAAAUGUUAAAGAAAGGCAAGGUGUCUUCUAAAGUCAAGAAAAAGAAAGUUGCUUACUUAGAUGAUGACCAAGUAUCAGACAAAAUGAGAUUCCAAAAAGUAAAGACACUAGCUAUGCAAAAAGGGAAAAUAAUUGGGGAAGCAAGAAAACUGAGUAAGCAGGAUUUGAAAUUAAUGCAGGGAAAAGAGAAACUGACCAAGGACAAGAAAUCGAUCCUUCAAAAAGAAAAAAGAGCUGAGGAGGAAGAAAUAUCACCCAUCUCACAAAAGAAGUUAACCAAGGCAGAGCAGAAGACAUGGUACUGGGAGAAGGGUACGGUGGACCACAAAGAAGGUAGGCAGGCCCAGGAAGAGGAGCUGAUGGAGGAAGAGGAGGAGCUGAUGGAGGAAGAGGAGGAGCUGAGCAAGGAAGAGGAGGAGUUGAGUGAGGAAGAUGAAGAGCUGAGAAAGGAAUUGGAGGUGCUGGGUGAGGAACUGGAGAAGAUGAUUGUGGCACUGGGGGAGCUCAAUGAGGAACUGGAGGAGCUGGGUGAGGAAGAGGAGGCGCUGGCCCAGGAGAAGGAGGAAAUAAUCCAGAACCUAGAGAAACAUAUUGAAAAAAUGAUGAAAAACUAUCGCAAAAUAAAGAAACAAAUGGGGGAAAUGGAGAAACAUGAUGAGGAAGAGGCCUGGGAAAGGGAAAAAUUGGCCCAGGAAGAGGAACAUUUGUCUAAAGAAGAGGAAAGACUGUCUGGGAAAGAGGGAAAACGGACAUUAAAAAGACACAGCUUGGUAAAGCAAGAGAUGAAAUUGAUCCGAGAAAAAAAGAAAUCAUUCAUGAUUGAGAAGAAAGAGGCCCAUAAAAAGAAACAAAUCCAAGAAAAGGAAAAGCAAGUUGAGAAACCGGAGAAAGUAGAUCAGAAGGAGAGACAGGCUAAGGAAAAGGAGGAAGAUGCCAAGGACAAACAAUUAGCCAGGAAAAGACAGAAACUAAGCCAAAAAGAGGAGGAAAUGUUUGGAGAAAAGGAGAAACUGUCACAACAAGAAGUUAAACAGAUCCAGAAAAGGGCAAGCAAAGCUUGGAAAAAGGAGGGAGGGGCCCAGAAAGUGCAGAAAAUAACCAAGAAAAAGAGACGACAGAUCUCAGGGAAAAAAGUGGACCUAGGAGAGAAGGGAGAGGCCAGGGAAAUGGAGAAACUGUCACUGACAGAAGAGAGACAGGCCCAGGAAGGAAAGAGACAGGAUCAGAAAAAGGAAAAACUGACUCCAAAAGCAGCUGAGGAAAAAACCCAAUUAGAAGAGAAGCAUAUUGCCGAGAAAGAAAGGACAAUAGCCAGGGAAGGAAUUGGUGUAACUAAGAGAAAGAAAAAAGCAACUCAAGAAGAGAAAGAAACUAUUGAAGAAGGGGGGAAACUGGCCUAUGACGUUAGGGCCAAGGAGAUGGGUGUUGCUAAGGAAGAAAAGAAAAGAAUUCAAGAGGAGAAUAUACAGGAAAUGAGGAAACUGGAUAUGGGGAUGGGGAUUAGUUCUGAAGGAAGAGAGACUAGUUCCAGAGAAAAAGAUAUAAGGAAGAAAGAGAGUCACCUGAUGCAGAUCCUGGCUAAAAUAAUUAGAGAAAUGAAUAGAGUGCCAUUGCAAGAAACAGGAAUACCUGAGGAAGAUCAACUGUUUUCUAUGGAAAUGAGUGAAACUGAUGGCCAGAGGUGGGAAUUUUCUAAAGAACCAGAGGAAAUAACCAGAGAAGAGAAGCAGCUGGUUCAGAAAGAGAGAAAACUAGAAGACGACAGACUAGCUACUGAAGAGAGAAUACUGACCAAUGAAGAGAGCUUGGAGGAAGACCAAAGGUUAUUAGAGAAGGUCCAGGAAAAUAUACUAUUAGAUAAAACCCAGGUAGACACUAUGUUAAAGGAGGCCCAGCAGCAAAAUCUGUUAGGAAAAAAGCAGCUGAAGAAGCUUCUAAAGAUAAUCAAGGAGAAGAAACCAGAAAAGACCCAGAAGAAGGAAAAGAAAGUAAGCCUGAGUGAAGAGGAAUUAGAGGACAGCUUGGCUGGGAAGCAUAAGAAAAAGAGUUUAACUCAAAUAAGGAAAAAGGAAAAGAAACUGACUCAGGAGAAAGAGAAGCUCGAUAAGAAGGUAAAAGAGGGCCCACAUGAGGAAGAGAUGGAGCCCUUCAGCAAGGAGGAAGGUGGGGCCCCACACAUGGAAAAGGAGGAGGAGGACUUUAGUGAGGAGGAGAGCCGAAGUGAGGAAGAGAGUCUGAGUGAAGAGGAAGAGAGCCUGAGUGAGGAGGAGAGUCUGAGUGAGGAGGAAGAAAGCCUGAGUGAGGAGGAGAGUCUGAGUGAAGAGGAAGAGAGCCUGAGUGAGGAGGAGAGUCUGAGUGAGAAGGAAAAGGAGGGCCUGAGUGAAGAAGAGGAGAGCCUGAGUGAGGAGGAAGAGGGCUUGAGUGAGAAGGAGAAGAGUCUGAGUGAAAAAGAGAAGAGUCUGAGUAAGAAAGAGAAGGCUCUGCAUGAGAAGGAGAAGAGUCUGAGUGAGAAAGAGGAGGAAGAAGAAAAAAUGGAGAAGACAGAGAAAAAAGAGGAGGAAAAGAAGGCAAGACAGAAGGAUGAGGAGAGUAUGAGUAAAGAGAAGGAACAGCCAAGAAGACUUACAGAGGCAAUGCUCCCAGUAAAGCAGAGAGUAUGGAAAACAGAGCUCCCAAAGGAAGGAGUGAACUUAUCGAAGCCAGCAACAGUAAGUGAGGUUCUUGCUGAGAAAAGGGAAGACACAGCUAAAGGAGAAAUGGCUCCUAAAAAAGACAGAUUGUUUUAUGGACAGGUAAGUCCCCCAGUUAGGGAUAAGACUAUGUGGCCAACAAUUAUGAAGAGCCCCCUCAAAACACCAUUUCCUGUAGCCCUGGGAAAAGAAAAGGGAAUGCCCCUCAAAGUGUUAGGGCAUCAUUUUGAUGUGGAAGAACAGGAAAGUCAACUUCUUAAAGCACAUCCCGUGACAACGUCAUGGGGAAGACAAGAGGAUGUGCUCUUGGAGAAAGGCAGGGGCAUGUUUUUACAAGUCAUGGGAAUGGAGACCCAGACCCCAAAAGGCCUCCACAAGCCAAAGUCCCCCUUACUUGAAAUUAUCAGAGAAUCACAGAAACCUAAACGCAGGCCCAAAGAUGGCACGUGGAAGUGGCUCUUAAAAUCUCAGGAUUCUCAAAAGGGCAAGACUGAGGGCCAGGCCCCUGCCCCUGCCCCAACCCCAACCACAGCCCUGUACCCAUCCCUUACCUCUAUGCCAGCUAAAACGCUUGAUUCCCCAGAUGAGGACUGGAUUAGUAAUGUCUUAAUAAGACUGGAAGCAGGAGAAGAACUUUCAAGGGACAGUUUCCAUAGACUGAGCCAACUCCUCAAGCAUCUCACUUCAAAGGGAUAUUUGAAACAGACACAUCUGUACAGUCUUAAAGCUGUGGCUAAACGCCUCCAGCAGAACCUACAGGCAGGUCACAGAGAUAUAUCACGAUGCUAUAAAGAUGCUUUGAGCCCAGUAUACAUGAAAGCGAUCCCUCCAAUCAGAAGGAAAGAAAUGGAGAGCUGGGGAGAGCCAUUCCCUAUCCAUGAGCCAGUGUUACUGUCAGCUACUAACAGGACUCAGACCACACAGGAUCUCAGCUGGCAUCCCUCAGCUGAGUCCUAUAGGAAGGAGCAGGUACAGCAGUUAUCCACUGCUGUCAAGAAGUUAAAGCACCUUUAUCAAACCAGAAAGGAUGUUCCUACAGCCUUCUAUCCCUCUGUGGAUAAAGAGUCCUUGGACAUCCGAGCCUUGGGGAGAAGAAGUGAGCUCCCCACAUUUCACAAGGCAAAGUCCCGGCCCAUCCCUACACCAGCGUUACCAUCAAUGACCUACAGGGUUCCAGAUCCAAAGGCUCUAACUUGGCUUCUUUUAGGAGAGCCUUACAGGAGUGCACGGGCACGGCAGUUAUCCCAUGUUCUCCAAGAGAUGGGAAUGCAACACUUUCAUCCUGCCACAAGAGAUAUUUUCUCAGGUGCCCAUGCUUCUGUGGGAAAACAAACUCUGGCACUGAUGUUUCAGAACGAUCUCAGGGCUCUGAAGGGUGAAGGUAGGGCCCUCAAGCUGCCCCAGCUGGAAAAGAAGGCACAGCCUGUCUCUAAAGACAAGGAAGAGCUCCCCCAAUGGGAGACGUUUGUGGCCUUGUACCAUGUUCUGCGGAUGUUGCAGAAGCGAUAUGCGAGAGACAGUGCUGCAUGGAUGGAACAGUUCAAACGUCUCAUGGACUUGUACCAGCUCAAGUCCCCCCGAAUCCAGAGGCUGCUACUGGAGUUGCUGCAGAGAAAGAAACUCCAACCACAACACACCAUCUACGAAGACGCUGCAAGGAUCAAGGAGUUGGUGCCUGGUGAACGGUUACUCUCUGACCUGUUGUGUGGUAGUUCUCGUACCCCUGCAGGUCCCCUUGAGUUCCAGAAUGUUGUACCCUUGCCUGGGCAGAACAGAGUGCAUACUAUUCAACCCACAGGCAUUGCCCAGUAUGGAUUCUUAGAACUUGCCUGGAAAAGGCUACCAAAAGUCAAUCCUUACCGUAGGGACAGGCUGCCCAACAUCCCUACCCCCACUCUCUGA